AUGAGCCACAGAAGCAGCCCGGCCAGAGCGUACGACUUCCUGCUCAAGUUCCUGCUGGUGGGGGACAGCGACGUGGGGAAGGGAGAGAUCCUGGCGAGCCUUCAGGACGGAGCCUCCGAGUCCCCGUACGGGUACAAUACGGGAAUCGACUAUAAGACGACCACCAUCCUUCUGGACGGGAGGAGAGUCAAGCUGCAGCUCUGGGACACGUCUGGUCAGGGACGAUUCUGCACCAUCUUCCGAUCUUAUUCAAGAGGAGCACAGGGAGUUAUUCUGGUGUACGACAUCACCAACCGCUGGUCCUUUGAUGGGAUCGACAGGUGGAUCAAAGAGAUUGACGAGCAUGCCCCGGGGGUGCCCAAGAUCCUUGUCGGGAACCGCCUCCACCUGGCGUACAAGCGGCAGGUGACCACGGAGCAGGCUCAGGUGUACGCGGAGAAGCUGGGCGUCACCUUCUUCGAGGUCAGCCCGCUGUGUAACUUCAACAUCACCGAGUCGUUUACCGAACUCGCUCGAAUCGUGCUGAUGAGACACGGGAUGGAGCGACUGUGGAGGCCCAACAAAGUGUUGAGUCUACAGGACCUGUGCUGUCGCUCCAUUGUCUCCUGCACUCCGGUCCACCUGGUUGAUAAACUGCCCCUCCCGUUGGCCCUGAAGUCCCACCUGAAGUCCUUCUCUGUGGCCAACGGCCUCAACGCCCGCAUGAUGCACGGACGCUCCUACUCCGUCACCGCCAAUGCCAGCGCCCACCACGGCGCAACCAAGAGGACGGGAGGAGCGCUGCUGAAAAAGACCAAACUGAUCCGCCCACCGCUGCUCAGCCCGUCUGAACAGAGCUGCAGGAACAGCUGUAAGAUAUCCUAACCAGCUGUGUCAGUGAACGCACCAUCUGCGGUUGUGUGACACCACUACUUCUUCUCUUUGCCUGAGAAGUUGGUAAAUAAAUGUGAUGCUCAGCCUUGAAUGAGCAGCAAAAGGAGGAAACAGAAACACGAAGGAACUCAAGCAGCUGACGUCCUUCUGAACAGCUGAAACUUCAGUUUUCUGCACAAAUUCACAGAUAAAUUACACAUCGUCACUUUACAAACAUCAGGACAUUUUCUUUAUUAAGUU